UCGGCGCGCAGCUGCCGAAGAGUGCUGGCUCCUUUACACCUAGAUAGGGGAAAAGACUGAAUAAAAGGAAACCGUGCCAGGGAGCCUGUAAUGACCACAAAACCUAACGGAGGAGACGAGACUCGCCGCCUUUGGAUAUUUCUGUCGUUUAGUCGUUACUCCCAUGCUUUCCUUGCUGUGGAUUAUUGUGUUUCGCCGCGGGGCGGACGGAAUGGAUAAGGCCAUGGCCCUAACAUAUUGAAUAGCUCGUUGGUGGUAAAGGGGAGGCAAGACGCGCACCGUGGAGGCAGUUCAUGGGGCAUUGUACAGGGAGGGAAGUGGUUGAUUAUUUGCACCGUAUCAUGAAAACCUUAGUCCGUCUUGAUAUCCUACCAUAAGACAGUUGGGUGGUAUAUCUGCGCCUGUCUCCGCCGUGUCUACAGCCAUUGAGUCUUGUUAAAGCGGUUGGUAGGUAGGUACUCCGUCUCGGGCUCGAUCCCAACGACCUUAUCCACUUGUAUUUUUUAUAUAUAUGUUGGAUUGUUGUUUGGUCGCGACGCGUUCACCCUCCUCUGCCUGAGAGUAACAUUUGGAAACAAUAAACUGCUGGAUUAUUGAACCAUGGAUUUCAACAGCGGCAGCGGUGGCGGCGGCAACGAGCUGCACAACAACCAGUUUUAUCAGUGUGAGGAGAACAAGCCUCUGCUGGGGGAGAUGUCGGAAGGUAAUAAUAACACCAAGCUCGGUGCAGGGCCGUGCAAGAGAACCCUGCACCACUGCAGCAGCAGCGGGAUGCGAUACAAGCUACUCCACGAGGGGGACAUCCAAGUGUGCGUGGUCAAACACCCCCGCACCUUCCUCAGCAAGAUCCUCACCUCCAAAUUCUUGCGGAGAUGGGAGCCGCACCACCUCACGCUCACAGAAAGCAGUCUGACAUCGGCCACCCCCACAGGUUACAUGGAGACGUCAUUGUCCUACAGCUCCAUAGAGGACCUGCAGCUCCUCUCAUGGGACAAUGCUCCAAAGUACUGCGUCCAGCUCAGCUUCCCUGGUGGCACUGUCCUCCUACAGGCUGCAAACAGCUACUUAAGGGACCAGUGGUUUCACUCCCUGCAGUGGAAGAAAAAGAUCUACAAGUACCGUAAGGUCCUGAACAACCCAAGUCGCUGGGACGUGGUGCUGAAAGAGAUUAGAGCGCUGGUGGAUAUGGCUCUUACUUCACCGCUGCAGGAUGAGUCCAUCCAUCAGGCUCCACUGCACAUCAUCUCCACCCUGCUGGCUGAGAACUCUAAUCUCAGCACUCAGGAUCAUGAGAACAUCAUUGUGGCCAUUGCUCCUCUUCUGGAAAACAACCACCCACCACCUGACUUGUGUGAGUUCUUCUGUAAGCACUGUCGGGAGAGGCCGCGGUCGAUGGUCGUGAUUGAAGUGUUCACUCCUGUGGUCCAGAGAAUCCUCAAACAUAACAUGGACUUUGGAAAGUGUCCUCGACUGCGUCUCUUCACUCAGGAGUACAUCUUGGCUCUGAACGAACUGAAUGCUGGGAUGGAGGUCGUCAAGAAGUUUGUCCACAGCAUGCAUGGGCCAACAGGGCAGUGCCCUCACCCACGGGUCCUGCCAAACCUGGUUGCAGUGUGUCUCGCUGCCAUUUAUUCCUGUUAUGAGGAGUUCAUCAACAGUCGGGACAACUCUCCCAGCCUAAAAGAGAUCAGAAAUGGCUGCCAGCAGCAGAACGAUCGCAAGCCCCCAAUGCCACUCCGCCUACUGCGCCCUGAGCCUCCUACACCUCCUGCCACCCUCCUCCCCCUCUCUGGCAACCCCAGUCCUCCUCAGCCACCUCCUCCCAUACCCACAAACCCUGCCCUUUCCAUUCCCAUUUCCUCCCCAAUGCCUUCCCUGCCUCUCUCCCCUCCUCCAUCUAUUGUUAACUCUAGUGAGAUCCUGGUGGAGCUGGAGCGAAACAACAACUCAGCCAACACCAGACGGAAGGGUGGGCCAUCAGGGGGUGACAGUGAACCAAACCUCAUUGACUGUCUGCUGGUCAGCCCAGCUGUCAACACUCUGUCCAUCCAGCUGCCAGCUCAGGCCAACCGAGUGCUGGGCUGCUUCGCUCUCAUACUCAAGAUGCUGUCGGACUAUGAUGACUGGAGACCAGCUCUGGCCAGCCUGCUACAGCCCAUCCCCUUCCCUAAAGAGGCCCUUGCACAUGCCAAAUUCACAAAGGAACUGAAAUAUGUAAUUCAGAGGUUUGCGGAGGACCCAAGGCAGGAGGUCCAUUCUUGCCUGCUGAGUGUCCGUUCAGGUAAAGAUGGCUGGUUUCAGCUAUACAGUCCAGGAGGUGUUGCCUGUGAUGAUGAUGGAGAGCUUUUUGCCAGUAUGGUUCAUAUCCUGAUGGGUUCCUGCUAUAAGACCAAGAAGUUCCUGCUCUCUCUGGCUGAAAACAAGCUGGGGCCCUGCAUGCUGCUGGCCCUGCGUGGCAACCAGACCAUGGUGGAGAUCCUGUGUCUCAUGCUUGAGUACAACAUCAUUGAGAACAAAGACACCCAGCUGCAGAUUAUCUCCACCCUGGAGAGCACCCAGGUGGGCCUGCGGAUGUACGAGCAGCUCUGUGACCGACAGAGAGAGCUCAAAGAACUGCAAAGGAAAGGAGGCCCCACCCGGCUGACUCUACCCUCCAAGUCCACGGAUGCGGAUCUGGCCCGCCUGUUGAGUUCAGGUUCUUUUGGGAACUUGGAAAACCUGAGUCUGGCCUUCACCAACGUCACCAGUGCCUGUGCUGAGCAGCUCAUCAAACUGCCUUCACUCAAACAGCUCAACCUCUGGUCCACACAGUUUGGGGAUGCAGGGUUGAGAUUGCUAUCUGAGCAUCUUGCCUGUCUUCAGGUUUUAAACCUUUGUGAGACUCCAGUCACUGAUGCUGGUCUGCUGGCUCUCAGCUCUAUGAAAAGUCUGUGCAGUCUGAAUAUGAACAGCACGAAGCUCACAGCUGACACGUAUGAGGACCUCAAGGCCAAACUGCCCAACCUGAAAGACGUCGAUGUCCGGUACACAGAGGCCUGGUGAUGAGCCAUGUUCACACAACCCCAUACAUAACCGGACACACACAGAAACAUACUCACACACUGCACACAGGCUCAGAUACACACCAUGAAAAUUGUGUGGUGAUGUCGUCUCCUUCACCGCCAUUAUUAGGCUCUGACAUCAUCCCAGUGUGAGGAUCACCUGAUUUCACCAGAGGAGCCUUCAUCAGCUUCACACAUCAUCGCCCACCCCUGUACUGAUGCCAUCAUCAGGAAGGAACUGUCUAGUCAGCAUCAGGAUUACCUAUUUUCUAAAUGAGAAAUUAUUAUGGACAUUGCCACUCCCCUUACUGUCACCGAUGUUUCAUGGACCUUGUUCUUACUGACACGAUCAGAGGAGGACCCGCUAUAUUGUGACAUAAGAGACACUUUUCUCUCCGUCUUUAUCCUUUGCCCUGUCUUUCAGAUGCAGUCUCUCAGUUUUCAUAUUCAGUCUAACUCCAGCUCUGCAGUCAUGCAUCCAUCAACCUGAAUCGACCCUCCCCCCUCAGAGCUGUCCUUUCUUUCUCUCUCUCUCCUGCCACACAUGCGAAGAAGGCUGGAUACAGCAGCUCACAUUCCAGUUGGUCUCCAGUCUGAUCCACAAUUAUGCUCACCAAACAGAUGUGUUGAACUGUUAAUAAUGCAGUCCUUACUCUCACAAUCUUUGACUCUAGUUGUCAGGUUCAAAUUUGUCUUUUGAAGUCUUUCAUUGGGAAAAUGAGGUACUACCUCAGAGAAAAGCAGAGUUCCAAGACUGUGCCUACUCUUCAUUUAAACACAAAAAAGAAAAAGGUUUUUAUCAACUUGAAUGAACAUAUUUUUCCAGACAUCUGUGCUUUCAUAUGUUGUGUGUGUUUCUAUAUAAUUCUAUAUAUGAACAUAACCCACAGUGAUGACAUUUCAGAACCAUUUCAGGAGCACUUGGGCAAACUUAAAUGCCAAUUGUGUUUUACAAUUACAAUUUGUUCUUUUUUCUUUUGUCAUCAGUUUUGUCUUCUGAUGAUCUCCCAUUUCUACUUAAUAGGGCAGUUGUGUAGCAGUAGCUGGGUGGUCUGGGACUGCCUAAUAUUUGUGUCUUUCAAACUUCCUUUACUCUGCCUCUUCUGGAUUGUGUCCGGAUAGUAAUGACGUACACAGGCCGAGUUGUCCUUUUUUUUUAAUUUAUUUUUUUUUGCAACAUGUAACACAAGAAGCCAACAAGAGGGUGCCUGUACAUGGAUCUCUCUGUACCAUGCCAUGGUGGUAAUAUAGACCUGUUAAGUGGACCUGUAAACAAGACUCAUCACCAGCUGAGAGUUGUAUAUUUUCAUAUCCUCUGCUAUUUUUUGGCUCUGUUUGAGACUGUUUCGAAAAGAAGAAAGGACACUUGCCAAACAUCUUCAUCAAAUGUAGUUUUUGUUUUGUGCACGCAUGUCAUCAGGCCAAUAUGAGUGGGGUUUCAGUACUGAUCACGAUUUCAAGUGGGACCUGUCAUGACCUGUCUGUGGAGACAGUGACACCGCCACUGACCUGUUGAGGUCAGGGUGGAGAGUCGCAGUGCCUCUAGUGGAGCUGUUGAUGAGUUGCCUAUUGUUAUCUUUGUACCUGUUAAACCAUCUGUUUUGAACUGUUGUUGUAUUUAUAUUCCUUCUCAAUACAUGGGUGAUAUUUUUAGGCUGUAUGGAGAUUCUCAUCCAAGGUUGGUGAUAAAGUUGAUGUACAUAUUCCAUCCCAAUGGGCUUUAAGGGACAAAAGAUUGGAAAAAGGCACAUUUAAGCCAUAUUUGCCCAUCUACAUUCCUUCUAAAUGUUGCUGUUUUAUUGUGGCAACAUUUCAUAUGAUGUGGUAACUGCCCUGACACACUGCAAGUCUGUCAGAAUCUUUUUCCUCUCUUUAUAUUGAUUUGUCUUCUGUCAGCGACUUUAGAACACGGGAAAACGAGUCAGGUUUCAACCGUCUUUCCAGUCAGCCUAGCUCUGACUGCAUCCAUCCAUUUUAUUUAUUUGUGUCAACCUUCAGAGUGCUCCGGAUGUUUGCUGAAUCAAGGCAGAAGCUGCAGCAGAGGACAGGAUGCCGUCCGCUAUGAGAUCAUUUGUUUCCUAUUUAUUGGGUGCCAUGACAGAUUUCUGUUUGGCCUGUAGACUCAGCUUGUGUACGGCCAUCUUUAGGUCUGGCUUUAGGACCUUGUGCUCUCUUUCAUAGCCUGUAUGAUGUAUAUACAAGUGUAUAUAGUCAUCUCUUCCCCUCCUGUCCUUGAACCAUUUUUAAAUCCCCUUUUCUUUUUCUUGGCCUCCUUUCAUUGGCAGGCUGGUGUUGCCUUCAUCUUAAUGUGUGUGUGGCUGUUUUUUCACACAAAGUGCACUGUAAUCAAACAAAUUAUGUUUUCAAAUAUCUUUAAAGUUUUCAGCAUCUUUGAUUUGAUCACUUUAUUCAGACAUUUGUUUCUUGUGUUCUUGUGGUUAAGUUUACUAUGUUUGUUUUUUGCAUGUACAUGUUGCUGUAUCAUCUGAUAUUUUUAUUUUAUAAUUUUGUUUUAUAAAAGGUUUGAAAUAUGAUAAAGGGUCUGAUCACUAUUCACUGAGGUUAGGACUGAAAUGGAGAUGCCUGUCAAGUUUGACUAUUAUCAUAUCAAAAAAUGUUCAAAUUUCUUGUUCUCCCUGAUUUUUUUUCUAAUCCUGACAGAUAAUCAUAUCAGAGAUGAACCACACUGACUGUCCAUAAUCAAGUUACAAUAAAGUUGUGGGUGCCACACAUUACUUACUGUUAAGUCAGUGUAACAUUACUGUAGAUUUGUUUUAUCCCAAAUGUGUUGUCUGAAUGUUUGAAAGGAAUAGUUUGACAUGUUGGAACAAAGGUGUACUUGCUUAAUGGAUGAAAGGAGGAUGAAAAGAUUGACAUCAUUGUCUUGUCAAUGUAAUAAUAAGAAGUUAGUCAGUUUGCUUACUUAAGCAUAAGAUUGGAAACUUGGGGAAACUGGCCUGACUAUGUCCACAUUACAUCUCUGCUGGUUGCCUGGCAAUUUCAUAGUGAUAACGUGAAUGCAGGAAGUCACUGCGCCCUCAACAAUCAGCUAAUCAGUUUUUGUGGGUUGGCUUCUUUUCAAAAAUAUGAAAAUCUCUUAAGCUUAUUUUAAAUGCAGAUCCUAUUUUAGGCAACUGAAAACCCAUCCAAAAGUCCCACUAGAUUAGAGGCUAGGGAAGUGCAAAAAUGCUAAUUUAUUUUCCCACAGAAUGACUCCUAAAUCACAGUCCUAUAGUCCUAAAACCCAAUGUGGUUUUGUUUGUUCUUUUAGUUAGCCAUUACAGGAGCUCGUAGGUAGAUUUUGUUACCUUUGGAAAGAGCUGGGCUUGCUUUUUCCCCCAAGUUUCCCUGUCCUUAUGCAAAGCUAAGCUAACUGACUGUAGCUUCAUACAACAUACAGCCAUGAGACUGGUAUCAAUCUACUCAUGUAACCUCAUGUUGAGGAAAUCCUGUCACUGAACUCAUCCCACAGUUCUUAGGCCAUUAUGAGCUGCCAGAUGCCCAGCCUGGGUGCCAGCAUGUUGGAGUUACAAUGUAAGGUUUUUGUAUUACUGUAGUACAUGCAAUGGUUGAACUGAGAUUUUUCUUCUGUUUCGCCAUGUCUACCUAUCCUGUGGAACUGACUGUGCUUUGUUGCUUUCCAUUCCCAUCUUUCUCGUCUAUGAUCUCUGAUGUUCUUUUUAUUCUAUACAAACUGUUAAGAGUUUCUAACAUGUCCAAAUCCUGUACAGCUGUGCUCGUGUCUAAAAAUUUGUUAUGGAAGGAACGGGGUCAGAUAUGGCACAGCCUGAGAAAUCUGACAGACUGAAGAAAAAAAACAACUCUAUAUCCCAUAAUUCCUUGUAGUAAAAUCUUUUUUGGCAGCUGGAAAAGGGGCACCCACCAUGUUUCACUCUAUUUUUCAGUCUUUUCUGCAUUGAUCUGCUUCUCCUGCUGGGUUAUUAUUAUUAUUAUUAUUAUUAUUAUUAUUGCUGCUGCUGCUCUGUGGCUGUUGUAAUAAAAAUACAAAAUAUCUUCAACAGGAAAAUGACAACUAUGAUGUGAAAUAAUUUCAAUGAAAAAUAAAUUGUCUGUGAAUAUGUUUCA